GGGGAGCUCGAUUAAGAAGGCCUUUCCCCCCCGCCCCGGCCAUCCCGCCUCGCUGCCGGCUGCCGCAGACGAGCCGCCCGUGGCGGCCACGCCGGUGCCGGUGCCGGUCCCGAUGCUGCGGUGGCUGAUCGGUGGCGGUCGAGAGCCGCAGGGCCUGGCGGAGAAAUCAUCUGUACAGACAAUUGGUGAAGAACAAAUACAGAAUCCUUACACGGAGCUCCUUGUGUUGAAAGGUCAUCAAGAUAUAGUACGAUUUCUAGUGCAAAUAGAUGACUGCAGGUUUGCAUCUGCAGGAGAUGAUGGAAUUGUAUUUCUUUGGAAUGCUCAGACUGGAGAAAAACUUUUUGAACUUCAUGGACAUACACAGAAAAUUACAGCUAUAGCGCCAUUUUCUUCACCAGAUGCUUCUGAAGAAAAAAAACAUUUGAUUUUAACAGCAUCAGCUGAUAGAACAGUUAUUGUUUGGGACUGCACGAGUGGCAGACAGGUUCAGAAAGUGUCAUGUUUCCAUUCUACUGUAAAGUGUUUGACAGUUCUUCAAAGACUGGAUGUAUGGUUGUCUGGAGGGAGUGAUCUAUGUGUUUGGAACCGAAAAUUAGAUCUCUUGUGUAAGAGCAGUCAUCUUACUGAUGCAGGUAUCAGUGCUUUGAUUGAAUUGCCUAAAAAUUGUGUUGCGGCAGCUGUUGGCAAAGAGCUAAUAAUUUUUAGGUUGAUUCCUUCGAAUUAUGGGUCUGAAGGUUGGAAUGUCCUGGAAGUAAAACGCCUUGUUGACCAUCAGGAUAACAUUUUGUCAUUAGUCAGUGUCAAUGACUUGACUUUUGCAACAGGUUCUCAUGUGGGUGAGUUAAUAGUUUGGGAUGCACUUGACUGGACAGAACAGGCAUCUGAGUGCAACUUCUGGGACUCCUCUGUCAAUCCAGAUGCACAGACAGAAAUAAAGUUAUCCCAAAGCCCAAAUGAAACUUCUGUUCAACACCUAACAUCCGAUGAGGAGUGUGUGUUUGCUGCUGUUGGGAAAGGCAUAUACGUAUAUAAUCUUCAAAUGAAGCGUGUGAUUGCUUGCCAGAGAACGGCUCACGAUUCCUCUGUACUGCACAUUGAGAAGCUUCCAAACAGGCAGCUGAUCUCCUGUUCAGAAGAUGGCAGUGUGCGCAUUUGGGAGCUCCGAGAAAAGCACCAGCUGCCACCUGAACCGGUUCCAACAGGGUUUUUCAAUAUGUGGGGAUUUGGAAGGGCAAACAAGCAGGCAAACCAAGCUGCUAAGAAGAUGCAGGAGAAUACACCUAUGUAUUUCUUGGAAUUGGUUGGUGAUUUAAUUGGUCAUUCAUCAGCUGUGCAGAUGUUCCUGUACUUUGGUGAACUGGGACUGGCCACAUGCUCUGCUGACCACCUCAUUAUUUUGUGGAAGGAUGGUGCACGAGAAUCUAGGCUUCGCAGUUUAACGCUGUUUCAAAAAUUGUCGCAAAAUGGUGAUUUGCAGCUCAGAUCUUAAAUUGCUGAAAUACAGGCUAUCUAUGUAUAAACUGGAUGUGUGUUAAAUGUGAGUGUGAAGAAUAAAUUCUGAACUACUGAGAACGUGACUACCAGUAAGGUUUACACUUAUAUGCCAUAUUUUGUAUUGGAAUUUUUAUUAGUUGCUAAUACUCCUCUCAAAGGAGGAUUUUGCAUGUCGAAACUUAAUUGGCUUACUCUGUCAGCAGAAAUGGUGUUCUCUUGGAAGACUGAAGAUAGUGAUGACUCAUUAAAUAAUUUCUAAUAUUAUUGUUAAUGUUUAAAAAUACUGUGGGUGGAUGUCAAAAUUAAGAUUUGUGAAAAUCCCUAGAUGGAUAACUAAAGCAGUUGGGGGCAUUCCACAGUGUUAUGUGCAGAAAGGCUUCCUGCUCUAUGUAAUUCAUUUCUUGAGGGUAAACUUCAGUCACUGAUGGCUCAGAUUUAUGUAUUGACAGAAAACUCAAAGAGAAACAGUUCUCAAAUAUAUAUAUAUAUAUAUAUAUAAAUUUUUUUUUUUUUUUAAAGAUUUGAAAUUACUACCCUGCACUAAGGGUAAGAGCAAGAAAGAAAAGCAGGCAAUACUGGUUUGCCAGGUUUUAAUUUUUGGUAAAACAGGAUAUAUAGAUGAUCCUUGCUUCUAGUAGCUGCAUUUUCACUGUGGGUUAAUCUACACUGCUGGAGUUUAUACAGCACCAUUAACAUGUCUAGCAUGAAGUGUGAUUGGUUUAGCUUAGUCUUUCUAUAAUGCAUUUAUCAAAUUAAUUUGUAUCUAAUAAAAAGCACUGACCUUACAGUGGGUUUUCAGGAUGUAAAAUAUUUUCUGAAGCGGUAGCAGUUGGUGUAUUUAAUACUAGCAGAACACUUGUGCUAGAUUAAUACUAUAUUUGCAGCUGAGGUUUGACUCCAGAGAAAUCUGCACAAAGUUUAUAAGGAUAAAUAGUAUUUCAGCGUUCAAAAAUAAAAAUCCUUGAAGUACACAAUGUGUUUUUCAAGUCUAACAUAUCAACAGUAAUUUGCAAGUUAAAUGGGAGCAGGAAAAAACCCCAAACUAAAAUGAAAACCCCAAACCAAAGCAACACAAAAGCAAAAAAAUGUGUUUGAAUCAAUGGGAACCGUUUCCAGUACAGGAGAUUACAGGGCUGUAUUUCUGGAUUUAAGAUACAGCAGCAUCAGUAAAUGCAGUUAAAAGCUAAUGUCAUGAAAGUAAAUAUCUUCAUCAGACCUAUUCUUAAUACUUGUACAACUCUGAGGUGGCUCUUUUACAUAUCUGUGUACUGACAGCAGCAUGAAACAAGCAGCUGUUAGUCAAUUGGACAGGUUAGAGUCUGGGAGAUCCAGUGCAACAGGUAGAUGAUGAUUGAUCAAUGCCAAUUUCUUUUGCUCAUAAAGAGGACAUAACUUCAAAAAAAUCUUUUUUUGCUUAGUCUGUGACUGUGGAAAGAAACAAGGGAUCUUGCAACAAAUAUACUGAUUCCACAUUAACGUCUUAGCUCACAAACCAGAACUGAGGCUGAACUUUAUUUCUUAGGUUCCUUCCACCAUUUACAUUUUCUUUCUUGUGACAGAAGUGUGACAAAAAUAAUGAAUUGAUGUGUUUUACAUAGAUGCAGUCUUACAGUGUUGCUGUAUGUAACAAAUUCAAUUAAGUGAUGACAAAGCUUUCAAUCUUGUGAUGUUCUUUUCUCCAAUGCAACUGCAGUGAGUGUUCAGUCAUCAGAAUAGUUAAGGUACAACCACCAAGAGCACUAGUACUGAAUAAAGGAGUAGUAAAAGCAAACAGUUUACAGUAUAAAAAUCAGAGGUUCGAUUUAUCUGAAUAAAAAUCCAUUGAAGAAUGCGGCAAUAGAGAAUAGGAAAUAAUGACAAAAUGUAGUUCACCAGAAACACCAUUCUUCAAAUAUACGCAAUGCAGCAUUUAAAUACACAGCAACCUGCCUUAGUCAUGAAAAAAAUAAGAGUCUAUUACAAUUCUAAUAAAAAUAUAGCUUAUAUACAUUUUUCUGCACAUACAUUUUAUGAAUGUUUCCCUUUGUUUCAGAACUUGUACAAAACGUACAAAAAAGGUUGGCAUGUUAUGUAAGCUACCUGCAGUAAACAAUAAUUGUUGUCACUUUUCUUCCACAGCAAACUAAAUGCUGUUUUUUUUGUUUGUUGUUGUUUGUCUUUCUUUACUGGGUUAAAUUCCUGAUACAGCCAAAGGGCUGUAAAGAGUAUGUCUCAAGACCUUUCUUUUUAGUGAGCAGUGGACUGCUUCUUCAACUGCGGCCACAGCUUUGGCACCUUUGCCUGCAGCAUGGAGUGCACAGUGUUAAAAAUCAGCAGUUAUGCUAGGAUUUAUUAACUGAGUAGUCUGAGAAUGGUCUAAAAUUUGAACUCAUGUUUAUGUUCUGCAUGUGAUUAAAAUGAGAUGUACAAAAAUAUGCACUUGUUCUUUGUAGGCUUUAGUGUAAGUGUUGUAUCUUAAAACUAAUGAAAAACUGUUUUCUAACUUUAGAAAUACUUUUGAAAUACUUUUUACUUCACAAGACAAACAAGCAUUUUAUUGGGAGGGAAAAAGCAGUACAAAUUAUAAUCCUAUUACAAGUUAUAACCUGGAAACAAUUUUGAAGAAAUGACAGGUUCAUCCUAGAAGUAAGUAGCACAAUAUAUGGACUUACCAUAAAAUUGAGAUCAGCUUAAUAAAAUUGAUGACCACAUGUACAAACACUAUUAGAAAAAUAUAUUGAUCAAGUGCCACAAUGGUUUCUGUGUAAAAUUUGAUGAAACAUUGCAUGGUAACAUGUCUAAGAUGCUAGAGAAACAUGUGAAUGGCACCAAUUAUAUAGAACAUGUUUGUUUUCCUCCACUACAUGACAAAUUUUAAGGGAAUUUGCCUCCUACUGAGAUUUUAUAUGGAAAAGAAAGGAGACCAGAUAGUAAUAAGGUUGUCUUAAAUGGUGCAGGGUUUGUUUUUUACUGGAUCUGAUUGAUUGUUGUUCUACUGUCUAUGUUCUCUUUAGAGCUAUGAUUCAGAGAAGUGAAGAACAUGGAUAGAAUUGGAUCAAAUUUAUGCUAGAUAAGUGGGAAGUUUUCAAUGCUUAUUUGUCAAACUAUUCUUACUCUACUGAUGACUGGAUUACCCCUCUGACUGAGAAACAGUUGAGUGAGGUGUUGGUGAAUACUGUGGUAUCAAUUACAAGAUAUGACAAAUGCAUAUUCAGUAUUAUAAAUUAGUUUCAGAAGUACAUUUUCUGCCACAAAAAGUUAUUUCCAAAGACCACUUAUUAAUCUGUGGAUUAUGUAGGCAUUUUCAAAACAUUUUUGUAGGAUUCAGAAAAACUUAAAAGUGAUGAAUGAAAUAUUUCCUUUUUGCCAUGCAGUCUUAAUUUCACUGGAAAAGAAAAAACAUUCCUCUUGCAGCCAAGUCAGUAAGUGAUUCACAGUGAAACUGGUAGAUCAAGAGGUCUGUUUUUCUUGCCUUAGUGUCAGUAGUUGUUUUCUGAUGGGAGCCUGAGACUCUUGCACUUUAACUCAUCCAGUGUUUUCCAGUAUUUGUAGUUAUUAGCCAAGUGUUGCAUCAAAACAGGCAGAUGUGCAAAUGCUGAAACAAACAGGAGAAACAGUUGUACAGUGUACACAGGCAGAACAGCCCACCCUCACGUGAAACUGGUGUUUUCCUACUCUCUUUUAUUCCUUAAGCUGUAAGCUAAUGCCAAAAGGGGAAUUUUUUCAGUCUGUUUCUCUUUCAGGCAAAUCUCUUUCUUAACGUAUGAUGACUUCAUUAAAAGUUAUGCAAACCA